CAUCAUCAUCGCGGGGAAGCUAUCGUAGCUAUCUCCAGUGACAACACAGCAGGCAUACCGCAACAAUAUCCGGCGAAUGGCAAGCGGUAGACGCGAGAAACUUGUUCAUUCCCGGUUCCAUUGAUGAGUUGAUACAUGCGUCGCGCCAAUGUGAUCCCAGCGGUAUUGGGACCAGCCUCCCCAGCGUAAUUGGGUGGCUGGCAGACAGUUUCAAGCACCCGCCAUCUCGAGUAGAAAACUUCUCCACGCCCAGCUACAGAAAAUCCUCACAAUGCUAUCAUUCUUGAACGACUCCACUUGAUUAGUGUACCGAAGAAGAUAUGAAUGUGGAGCCUGGAUUCCAACUCAAGCAAACCAACGUCUCUCAACCUCAACUAUCCCACCAAACCUCACAGCAGAGCGUUGCUGCUUCAUUAGCUGCUUCGGAAGGCUACUACAGCGCGUCAGAACAGGCGUCUAGUUCGAGCGAAGAAAGACAGCCUUCCUACCGGACGCCGCCCUCUGCCCACCGAACACCAGCGCAAAGUCAUGAGCAGUUGGUGCCACACACUGACGUCCCAAUAACGUCCCUACGAGGUAUCGGUAUCCCCAGGCAGCAGCCUCAACGCCCUCAGUCACCCGCCGUCUCUACCAUUGCCGAGGAAUCGAGACCAGACACGCGAGACGCGAGACGCUCCCAGUUACUAUCAAACAUGGACGCCGAAUCGCAGGUAACCACACCAGGCCAAGACACUACGCCAUACAUCCGCUUUGCUAUCGACCAGCUUACUCGGGAUGAGGAGGUCAGAGGAUCGAGAAUAUACCCAGAGGUUCGGCCAGAGGACGAUGAAGAUGAUUAUCCCGUCGAUAGGAUCGUUCACGACAAUGGCUUGGGAUAUAUGGCCCAGGAACAGAGGACACAGCAAAGGAUGUCGCAAAAGAUACCACGGAAACCUUUGAGGAAUUCAUCAACACCGCUUGCGGAAGCCCCAGCACCUAUGGCUACCACGCAACCUUACAACCCGCACUACCAAUCCCAGCAGUACAGGCAACAGCAGUCGCCCUCGCCUCCUCGGUCACAAGAUGACGUUUUCGUAGCUCAUACUCAGCACGCGCCACUCCACUUCCUCCCAGCCAUUCUUCGCCCAUUUUGGCUUGGUAUCUUCAUCUUCCUGUGCAUCCUUAUGAUCGCCGCACUGAUCUUCUCCGCGGUUUACUCCAACCGCAACGACGUUGGCGGCCUAUGGAACUACAACGCUUUUGGCGACAACCGCUAUUUCGUGUUCGAAUACCUCCCAACCCUACUCGGAAUGCUUUUGCUGCUUUGGCUCAUCCAGGUCCAGACGGCUCUCCAACGCCUCAUACCCUUCAUCUCAAUGGCUUCUGAUUCUUUCCACAAGCGAUCUGAAGCUGUCUUCCUCCGACUGUACCCCAUGCAGUUCUUGUUGCCCAACUUUGAGCAUUUCCACUCUGGACACUCCGGCGUCGGAGUUUUCUUCCUCGUAUCAUGGUUGUUUACUUGGACGAUACCCCUUCUUGCUUCUGCUUUUAACGUACGUUAUGACCUAGAACGUAGUGUUUGGCGAUGGGUAGCCGUCCAAGGCAUCGUCUGGACCAUCGUUGUUCUUUACAUUCUUCUUGUCAUCGCCCUGGUCUAUCUGCUGGUUUUCCUUAUCCGCAACCCGACUGGCCUGAAGUGGGAUCCUCGAUCGCUUGCCGAUAUCAUCUCGCUUCUCGAGCGCUCGAACAACCUCACCGACUACAACGGUUCCGAGACAUUUGAGAAGGGCGAUUGGCACCUUGUCAGCAACCGCGCAGAUCGCCUUGGAUACUGGACGACCACCAAAAGGCCCAGCGACGUCUUCUAUGGCAUCGGCGAGGAGGGUGCUGGAAUUCGGAGGUUCUCAGUCGAGCGAGGGCGUAUCAUGGAGAAGGGAGCAGAGCGCACCAGUUCUGAGCUAGCCCAGGGCAACGAUUUCACUAUCCGCACCGACAUCCGCAACCCGAGCGUGCGAUUGCGAUACCUUCCAUGGUAUCUGAAGGACACUUCAGUUAUUGCAUGGAUCGUCAUCGCCGGCGUAUUGCUAGUCGCCUUCCUGGUCGUCAGUUUUGUAAAUGACGCUGUUCGACUUGGAUUCCUGCCCCAAGUCUUCGCCCGUACAGACUCAGGUGGCUUCUCGGCUUCAAACUUCCUCUACUCCUUCAUCCCAGCACUGAUUGCCAAUUUCCUCUUCCUGGCUUUCUUGUCCUUGGACUACUCCCUCCGUGUACUCCAGCCCUACAUUGCGCUGUCCGCGAAGGGCGGAGCCACCGCCGAAGCCUCCCUGCUAGUCGACUAUGCCUGCCGUUUACCUCUCUCGGUUACUUUAGCAGCGCUCGAGAACAGACACUGGCAAACAGCAGUUCUUUCUUUUGUCUCGUUGACAUCAGCCACCCUUCCUGUUCUUGCUGGAGGCUGCUUCUGGACGCAAUACUACGGCGGCGAAGAUGUCGUUCGUGUCGCAGCAGAGCUUGCAGGAUACUACGCCCUCUGCUUUUUCCUCGCCUUGUACGGUAUCAGCCUCCUCGCUCUCUUGCCAGGUCGCCGCCGAGCCGCCCUUCCUCACCGCAGCAACACACUCUCUGAGAUAAUCAGCUGGGUAUACCAGUCUCCAAUCCUCGUUGACCGCGCCUUCUCUCGUCCACAGACAAAGCCCGAGCUUGUAGCAAAGCUAAUGGGAACCACCUACGCCGAGCGCACAUGGGCGCAAUCGGCCCUCUCCCUGGUCCGCCCGUCGCGCAACAACCUGCGUAAUGACGAGGCUGCAGAACCGGCCCUAGGCGACAAGAAGAAGGGAAAAGGACGCAAGAGCGAGAAACACAAUUCUUACACCGAUCCCCAUAAGAUUCGCUAUGGCUUCGGCAUCCACGUAGGUCGCGACGGCCUCGAGCACCUCGGUAUCGAUCGCGUCCACCGUGGUGGAGAAAGGAGUGGUCGCGAGCUCGUCAUCUGGGAAGAGCAGCAAAAGAGCAAGAGGAAGAGCUGGACAAGCCAGGCUUAGGCUUCUCACACGAACGUAACGCAACGUACCUUUACGAUUACAACCACACUCGCAUAUGCAAUAUCGAGUUUUUCACAGCACCAUCACACUUUUAGCAUCGGCGUUUUUUGGGGAAUAUUAUGGAACUAACGGGACUCACGGCAUUUUGGGACGACUGGCGCAAUGAUCUUGGAAUUGAACGAAUCUUACGCAACGUAAAAGGAAUUGUAUAGUACGACAUGGUAAUGGUGGGAGGAAAUCUUGGAUAUAGAGUGGGAGUCGUAGACAGACUACGCUUCCCAUGUGAUAAUGACGUGCAAACGGAAAGGCAAGCAAAUAGGCCUAGUAAUUAUGAGAGCUGAAUAGCAGAGAUAUGGACGAUGAUGAAUAUGGAGAAUGACAACACCAAUGCACACCAUCAUGAUGCGAUUGGAAGUUAGUUCUUUUGCCUCACUUGUACA